GACGGACUCGUGUCGGCCAGUGCUCUGAAGCUGUGUGCGCCUUUGGAGCGGAGUUGAGUGAAUCGCAGAGGAUUCAGCUGUCCGGUCCAGCGCGCAUUACGCAGCGGGAGGGGGGGCGAUUCCACCUGAAAAACCCGAAUGUUGCCACUGAGAACAAGGAUCCAACAACUGCUCCCACCUGAAAUUAUCUUGGAAUAUCCUGCCUGUUUGUGGGCAACGUUAUAAUUUUUAAAGUUUAGUUCGGGUGAGCCAGAGCAUCUCCUCGGCAGAAUGGAGGGAUUUACACCUUUCUUCAACAUGAUUUUGGUCGCACUACUCGCCGCCACCGGCUCAUCGAACAAGUUGAAUGUACCGCGGCUGAGAAUAUCACAUAAAGACCUGCUGUCCACCAACAGGUCGUCCAUCUUCAGCGGGCAUCGCGACCAGCUGUCUCUCACCGCCGUCUUCCUGGACGAGUACCGUGACCGUCUCUUCCUGGGAGGAAAAGACAUCCUCUACUCUCUCAUGCUGGGACCUGUCAGCACCGAGUCCAAAGAGCUCCACUGGCCUCCGUUACCUGGCAACAGAGAGGACUGCAUCCAAACGGGGAAGGAUCCACAGACGGAGUGUGCCAACUUUGUCCGUCUCCUGCAGCCCUACAACCGCACCCACAUACUGGCCUGUGGCACCGGAGCCUUCCAGCCCAUGUGUGCCUUCGUCUACGUGGGGCACAGAGGAGAGCAUGUGUUCACCAUAGAUCCUACAAAUGUGGAGAACGGAAGAGGCAAAGUGCCACAUGACCCCAGCCUCCCAUUCGCUAGCACCUUCAGUGGUGGGGAGCUGUAUACAGGACUGACGGCGGAUUUCCUGGGGAGGGACUCUGUGAUCUUCAGGAGCAUGGGAGGCCGCUCCACCAUGAGAACAGAGACGGACCACAAACUUCUACAUGACCCAAAGUUCAUCGCCGCCCACCUCGUCCCAGACAACGACGACAGAGACAACGACAAAGUGUACUUCUUCUUCACGGAGAAGGCCACGGAGCCCGGGGACCGGGAGGGGGCCAUGCACACACGCGUCGGACGAGUCUGCGCGAAUGAUGUCGGAGGCCAGAGAGUUCUGGUGAACAAAUGGAGCACGUUCAUCAAGGCCAGGCUGGUCUGCUCUGUACCCGGACCUCACGGCAUCGACACGCACUUCAACCAACUCGAGGAUGUUUUCCUGCUGAGGACCAAGGACGAGAGGAACCCAGACGUCUAUGCAAUCUUCAGCACCAUCAGUAAUGUGUUCCAGGGUUUUGCCGUGUGCGUUUACCGCAUGGCUGACAUCAGAGAAGCCUUCAACGGACCCUUCGCUCACAAGGAGGGCCCCGACUACCAGUGGGGGGCCUACGAGGGCAGGGUCCCCUAUCCGAGACCAGGCGUGUGCCCGAGUAAAAUCACCAACCAGCCGGGCAGAGAGUUCGGCAGCACGAAGGACUUCCCCGACGCAGUGCUGCAGUUCGCCCGCAGCCACCCGCUGAUGUGGCGGCCGGUGUUUCCCGCUCUGCGCCAGCCUGUGCUGGUCAAGGCGAACAUUCCUUACAAGCUGAAACAAAUCGUGGUGGACCGGGUGGAGGCCGAGGACGGGCAGUAUGACGUCAUGUUCAUCGGCACAGAUGUUGGCACAGUAUUGAAGGUCAUAGCCUUGCACAGUGGAAACAGCCUGGACACAGAGGAGGUCACGCUGGAGGAGCUACAAGUCUUCAAAGUCCCAACUCCAAUCACCUCGAUGGACAUAUCUGUAAAAAGGCAAGCGCUGUACGUGGGCUCUCCGGCCGGCGUGGCCCAGCUUAAGCUGCAUCGCUGUGAGACUUAUGGGAAAGCCUGCGCCGAGUGCUGCCUGGCCCGAGACCCGUACUGCGCCUGGGACGGGUCACUGUGCGCCAGGUACACGCCCAACAGCAAGCGCCGCUACCGCAGACAGGACAUCAAGCACGGAAACCCCGCGCUGCAGUGUGUGGAUCAGAAUCUGAGCGAAGACAUCGAUGUGACAGAAGACAGGGUGGUGUAUGGGACCGAGAACAACAGCACCUUCCUGGAGUGUGUCCCUCGCUCGCCACAAGCUACGGUUACCUGGCUCAUCCAACGAGAGGACCGCAGGGAGGAGGUGAAGCUGGACGAACGCGUGAUGUCCACGGAGCAAGGCCUCCUGUUCCGUCGACUCUCCCGCCAGGACGAAGGCACGUACGUCUGCCGCUCUCGAGAGCACGGCUUCACACAGACGCUGGCCCGCCUCAGCCUGGAAGUCCUCCAGGGGGACACUGUGGACGAGCUCAUGGCCCGCGACGGCACCGGCCUCUCCGAUUCGUCCUUCAAGGACCGGUCCGCUGGGGGCUUCAGAGCCUGGAUGCCCUGCAGCGCGUUCAGCAGGGGCGGCUCGCCGGGCCAAAUCGGCCAAUCGCGGACCUGGUUCAAGGACAUCAUGCAGCUGAUUGGGUCGUCGAACCUGCCGCACGUGGAGGAGUACUGCGAGAGGAUGUGGUGCAACGACAAGCUGAGGAGGAAACACAAGAGCAUGUCGGAGAAAUACCGCCAAGCGCAGGAGAGCGCCAGGAAGGCACGAAGCAGGAGCUCCGGCGAACGCAACCGGACGCCGAGAGAUGUCAGCGCGUGGGAGGAGUAAUGAAGGGAAGGCAGGUGGAGGAGGGCGGGGGGGGGGGGGGGACAAAGAUUACACAACAGGACAAAACGAAUGAGGCAGCAAAAAAGGGAGGCUGGCUUCAACGCAUAACAGUGGGAGCUUUGCCACCUGGGUUUGAAAGAAGGAGGUAGAUCCCAACAGAGCGUCCGCUUCGGCCAUUAAACAGGAAAUCGAUAUACGUGUAGAUCAGGUGGCUCGGGAUACGGCCCAAAAAUACACAUGUGGCCGAGAAAGAGGCGGAACUGCUACUGAACGGAACAGGUCGUUGGUAUAAAGAGGGACAAUCUUUCAAGUGCACUCUGGGGAUGUUUUAAAGUCUUGAGUCCCGAGGACUCCUCCUUCCCUCCUUCCCUCACACACUUUUGCCCUUUUAUACUUUUACAGUUGAAAAGGGUUAAGACGGUGUUUUGAUGUCAUCGAGUCAGAUCUACUAAAGGUACACGUGCCUGUGGACUGACUCUUUGAUGAAAUCUGUGUUUUGUCUGUGUGUUCACGUGUUGGUCCGACACACAUUGACACAUUCACUUACCUUCCAUUGAUUUGGUCACAUUUCAGACGACGCAAUCACUGGAUUCCUCUCAUUCUCACUUAAUAUUUAGUGCUCCAUGUUUCUCGCCUCGCUCUGUCUUUAGAAUGAAUUAUUCCUGUGUGACUCAAGCUCCAGACAUAACUGAGUUUGUACUGUAUUUAUGCAAGUAAUGCAACCGGGCUGAGACGCGUUUCCACGCGUUCGGCACGGCUCCACUCAUCUGCCUUUCAACCAUUAAUUUGACGUUUUCCAAUUGCAAAAGUUGGGGAAAACACCACUUGCUUUUUAUGCAACGGUUGUGGCGCAUUGCGUCCAGGUUGUUCCCACCUUCUUGUGGAUUCAGAUCAACAAAAGUUUAGUUUGUCUCAUUGAUAAACAUGUUACAUCUCUGCAGUCAACGGUUCUAGUUUUGACGCCGCCCUGUUUAAAGUUUCAAGCGAGCUGAGCUGAUACUUUCAUUUGGAGUCGCUGAUUUCAUUAGCAGCCAAAAUCACUUUCUUUUCAAACGGCAGCCCGCAAAAACCAUUUUGUCCGGAAGUUACCCUGUUUGGUCUGUUGAUAAAACCAGCGUGAGCUGGACGGAGUGAGCAGCGCGUAAAGGUGAUAGCAGUGUUACGCUUUGCCUCUAUGAGGACCAGCUCACACUGAGGGGACACCGUGUGCAUGCCCAAAACAUGCAGUGGAAAUAAGACACUGCUAAUCGAACCUGACCCUGCCAUUGUUCAUGCACACACACACACACACACACACACACACACACACACACACACACACACACACACACACACACAAAGACACCCUCUUACAUGAACUGAAAGUUCACUCACCCGUUACACUGAAUGCAUGAGCUCAAACAGCUCCAGCUGCAAGCUACCAUGAGACGACUGUUGAUGGUUCAACAGAUUAAAGGCGUAUUGCUUUAUUGUUACUGCUGUGGGUAGAACGUUCCAUUAGCGCCAGCUACAGAUCAAGAUUCCCCCUCACCGACCCAUAAAAGGGUAUUUCACAGUGGCUUACUCUCGAUGCUUUUGGGCUCGUACCGUAACAACCCUUCCUGGAAUGUACCUAAUGGCUCUACUCAAUUGCCAAUAUUUGCUUCCAUGGGAAAGUGUCUGUAACUCAGCUCUGUUGUCUGUGAGACUUUAACAGCCUCCAAGUUAUAAUUAUUUUCAAAUAGUUGAUUGAUAAUUUUGUCUAAGCAAUAGAAUACUCGAGAAUCAUCUGUUAAAGGAUAAACCACAUAACCUGACCUCUGUGUUAUAUAUAUAUAUAUAUAUAUAUAUAUAUAUAUAUAUAUAUAUAUAUAUAUAUAUAUAUGUUAUAGCCUCACCUUCAAUCACCCACACGACUCAUAUUCCCACAGUUCCUGUAGGAGGGUUUAGCUGAAAAGGCCAAUUCCUCUGGUGCUUUCUGCUUUGUAAACACUGGUUUUAUGACGGUUCAUGGUGUGAACACAUGGUAAUCCACAUUUGAUUGUCUUCACUUUAGUUGUAUAACCUUCAUGGCGACUGAAUUCAAAAGGUGGUUUUCUUUCUACUGAAAACCAUCAAAAUGGAGGGUUGAAUUCAUUAAUGACAAAGCAAAGAUGGAAAGGACUGGACGGAGAAAGAAAACACUUUAUUUAGGUGAGCUGUAAGUCAGUAAGGCAGGCGGACAAACGGUUGAAGUACCGUGUGUGUGUGUGGAUGGCAUCUGGACAUUUUGGAGCUUUGGUAACAUUGUUUAAUUAGUAAAAACAAUCAUAGAGUGAAGAAGACUAAACAAUUGUGAAUAUAUUUUCAGACUCAAAGUAGUUGUAAGUAUUGCUUUAAACCGUAUUCCAUAUGUAAAAAUGACAAGACAUUUGGACUUGAAUCACUAGACUGGUGACCUCUGGCUUCUUUGGAGGUCAAGAGGAGAACUGUGCAAAUGAUGGGUUACAUUGUGUACCUAAUAAACAAACAACAAACAAACAUCACAAAGAUGUGUCUAUAGUAGAAAGAGUAGAAAGUUGCUUGAUAUGAUUUCAUAUUGAACUUUUUAAAGAUAUUAUCUACAUUUGUAAUGGAUUCAGUUAAAUGAAGCUGGUCAUGUGGGGAAAUCUCAAGUGGCCGAUUCAUUUGAAGUGCUACAAACAGUCAGGAGCACAAACAGCCUGUUGCUAAGGAGGACCUCCAAUAUGGCCGCCGUAGGGUGCGAUCCAUCCAAUAUUUGUACAUAUGGAAGAUGGUAUUGAUCUUCUAGAAGCCCUUUCCUUGUUUAAAAGUAGCCAGGAAACAACAUUAGCACCAGUGAACUUGUUGAACUUAUUGUAACCUUCAUGGCGUGUGAAUGUCUAAAGGACAACAAAAAGAGAAAAGGACUGAACAUGAGGAGAAGGAAGGAGAGGGAGAUUUUGUAAAAAAAAAAAAUAAGGUACUAUAAGCAUCUUGUAAAAGGCUGUAUUUGCAACUUAUGAAAAUCAUAAUAAUUUAUCAUAUUCCUACAAUUCAUCAGUAUGCAGAGAGCAUUUCAAAUGCUGAUAUGUUUUUCCUCAGUAAUUACAGCCCAGAACGCAUUGGGGUUUAUUUUCUUGGUUCGAGGAGAAGCAGACUGGUUAUUAGACACAACUAAUGGUGUUUUCUUCACAAAUAUUGCUUCUAAUUUCUAAUUUCAAGAAAAUGAUAAGAGUGUGGAUGUGUCACAGGAGAAGGGAAUGGAUGUGGAAAAACAGACUUUAAAGAAUUGUUUUAACUUUAAAAUAAUCACUUAGUUAUAUAUUGUAGUUUUGUAUUGCAAAUGGCUCCAUGAUUACUUUGUCUGUUCUGCUCCUGAAGAUGAUAUUUGGUUUCUGUUCCUAUUCUUCUCUGUAAUGUCCCAUGAAACUGUUAUAUAUAACUACUAUAACUAUGAUUGUAAAGUGUGUAAAAUUGUGUAAAAAUGUUUCCAUCUUACAGCAAUUGUCAUUAUGGAACCGAAAAACUGACCCUUUAUUAGCUGGACAUUGUUUUGAGACUUAACAAAAAUGUAACAUCAGAAAGACAUCAGUAAUCUGUGCUUUUUUUUGGAAAUUAUUACAUUUAUUUUUGAAUGUUCAAAGCUCACAUUGAAAUGCAGUGUUGGUAUAGUUGUAUAAAGCAAGUUGUUGUGGGCCAUCUCUCUCUCUCUGGCUAGUUCAGUGAAGUUUGUCAAUACUUUUAAAGUUUAAUCAGCAGUCAAAAGUGUAUUUCAUAUAAAUUCAGAAGUCCAACAAAACAAUUUCAAAGCUUCAACAAGAACUCUGUUUUGCUGCAGAAAUCUUACUGCACAUGCAGUCAACAAUAUGCUCAAUGUAGAAUUUAGGCUAAAAGGUUUGGAUCCUUUGAUAUAUUAACUUGGAGAUCUGUCGUUGUGUUGAACUGUAAAGUUGUGCUGGUUGUGGGGUUUCUGACAGAGCCUAAUUUAAAUGCAUAUUUAUGUUUUUAUUUAAGUGUCUUUCUACCAUGCAUGCUAUGUACUUGUAUGCAAUUUAACAGCAUUAAAAUAUUUGUUUUCUAACGUA